AUGAAUCUUCAUAUCUUUUUGUUUGUGCUUGCCUUCAUUGGGAGAACAGUCGAAGGAAAAUGUCCUGUUGGUUGUGACUGUGAGAGGGUAAACGGUUUGGUCAAUGUGGACUGCGCUUGGUGUGGUCUUAACAAUGUUCCAGAGGACAUUCCAUGCGAUGCUGGUGAAGUUGACCUGCAUACUAACUAUAUCACUAGACUAAAUAAAAAGUCGUUCUCCUGCCAAGCCCAGUUGAGUAAACUUUUCCUAUCACAAAAUAAAUUGAAAUACAUUGAGAAAAAUGUUUUUGAACGCUUGAUGAAACUAACAUACAUCGAAUUUGAAUCAAAUGAACUUGUGAGCAUUCCAUAUCUUGGCUCAUUACCUCGCCUUAUUGAUGUAUCUAUCUUUAAAAAUUUCUUUGUAGAGUGGCCACAGUUGUUUCUUUCUAGUAUGCCAGAAAGACAGCCUUUCAAGAUGAGUUUGGCAUACAACAAACUAUCUGAUGCACCAAAAGUUCCCUUCAAAAUAUGGAACCUUAAUCUUGAAGGAAACACUGUUACUGAUCUGUCCAAUGCAGUGUUUACACAUCCUGAAGUGAUUUUAGAGCUGAAUAUUGAUAAAAAUAAUGUAGAGUACCUGGAGAAGUUGCAGAAGAUGGACAAUCUUACGAUACUUUCCCUGGAAUACAAUGGAAUUCGAAGCAUUGCUGACACAACAUUUGCCUACCUUCCUUCACUUAAAAGAAUUAACCUGGCAAGAAAUAAAAUUGUUGAUGUCUCACCCUUCAGAAACAUGUCAUACAUUACAGAUAUAAUACUGGCAAAAAACAGUAUAAGACAUAUCCGUCACCCUGCUUUUACUAACAUUCCAAACAUAGCUGUCAUCUAUCUUAACGAUAAUGAAAUUGUUUGUUAUAUGCCUCACUCGGACUUCAGUGUACCAUCGAGCCUUCUUCUUGGCCGCAACAAAAUAUCAGUUAUGGACAUGAAUCCUGCAGGGAACUAUUCAAACGUAGUAAUUCUAUAUAUCGACAACAACCAUCUUGGUAACUUUUCCAUUCAUCCGUUCCCUGGUUUAUCUAGUCUUUAUGCUUCAAACAAUUUCAUUAAAGAUGUGAUAUCUCUCAAGUAUGAACAUCGUUUUCUAAGAUACAUCAACUUGUGCUAUAACCAAAUCGGGAGUGUGAAAAACUUUGAAAACCUACCUGCCCUAAAGUGGCUGUUUCUCUGUCAUAACUCCAUCAAAACCUUGGAUGAUAACAGCCUCAUCGACUCGUUUAGUCUUCUUACCCUUGACCUAAGCUACAAUAAGUUGUCAGAACUCCUAAACUUCACAGCUUUGCCUGCUCUGAGACGUCUUGAUUUAUCAGGCAACAUCCUUCAUGUGAUAGGAAAUGCAACCUUUGACCACCUACCAAGGCUUGUUACUCUCAACCUUAGCCAAAAUCAAAUCUCAAAACUUGGUUUUUUCAGUUGGAUGCCAUCACUUGAAACUCUAUCUUUAAGUCACAACCAGCUGAGGACCAUCCACCCCCAUGACUUCUCUAAUCUAAAUAAUCUUAGAGUUUUGCAGUUAGCUUCCAAUUUUAUUGUAGAGUUUGAAAACAUCAACUUGCCUUCUCUUCAAAGACUUGACAUCGGUUUUAAUUUCUUAACUCGUAUGAAUUUUAAUCAUGUAUUGGAUCACAGAAUUCUAUAUAUCAAUGUUGAGAGUAACAGAAUAGCUGAGGUUAUAUCCACUCAUGCUCCACUUGUAAGUAUCAUUGUAAACAACAAUCGGAUUGGAUCAUUAAAUUCAAGUUUGUUAUCUGGGUAUAAUGUUUUUGCAUCCAGCAAUAACCUGACCGAUUUCAACCAGGUUCGUAUUACACCCGGUUUGAUGGGACUUUACCUCUAUAAAAACCACCUCUCGUGCAUACCUGAUUACACUUUCUCCCUAGCAUCCUCUCUCAUAUUUCUUGAAUUGGCUGACAAUAUGAUAGUCAAAGUAACAAAUUUAUCCUUUGUUGGCCUUCAGCUUGUUAGAACUCUGAAUCUGGAAAGAAAUCAAAUAGUCCACCUUCCUUCUGGGGUGUUUUCAUAUAUUGGGGAUCUGAAAACUCUUGAACUGAGUGGAAAUCCUUUGACAUAUAAGUCAAGUCGGCCAUUUAUGGGAAUACAGGGUCUUGAAUAUCUUAAACUUGCUAAUAUGCCAUUUUCAAAUUUGUCCCUUCAUGUGUUGGAGGACAUUCAACUUGUAUAUUCACUAAACAUUGACAAAAACAUGGCUUUAAGACAAUUUUUCAUCAACAAAGCAAGUGUCUUACCUUUCACAAAUUUCCCAAACCUACGGCGUAUUUCCCUGUCGUCCAAUGAACUUAGAAACCAGUGUCCAUUAUUACAUAUUAAAUAUUUACAAGUGAUAGAUUUAUCCAAUAAUCUGUUUAGUUCUAUUCCUACAUAUUGCUUGCCAAACUAUGCAGACUCUCUGAACUUGUCUCGCAAUAGAAUCAGGAGUGUCAAUAAAGAUUCUUUUGGAGAACUUCAACAUCUCUGGGUACUGGAUCUGAGUUACAACAGAAUUGUGUCUUUCAAAUUCCGUGCCCUGGAACAUCAGAAGAACUUGGCAACUUUACAUCUUGCAGGCAAUCUACUGACAACACUUGAUAUUAGUUUCUUGUCCUUCUCUUUGAAGUCAAUAGUAAUGGAUUUACAAGAUAAUCCUUGGUUAUGUGAUUGUGACCUGAUCAUGGCUGUCCGUAUGCUGGAGUCCUGGAUAGAUGAUCCUGUUGUUUGCAGUCAACCUGCUGGUUAUUCCAAUUCUAGUUUAGCUGAACUGGCCAUGUCCAACAACUUCACAUGUCUGCCUCAACUGUGUUCUCAGCCACUGCAGACACUGUUGACAUUCAUUGGUGAUCAGUCCGUCGAGAUACCUUGCCCAAUCAUCACCUCAAAUCUGUCAGUCAUCAUUCACUGGUCAUUUACCUCUCAUAGGCAACAACUGCCCUCUAUUGGUAGUGAACUACUAGACAGUGUUUCUGUCCUUCCUCACAAUGCCCUCUUUAUUGAACAUGUCGGCCUGAACCUGACAGGGACCUAUACCUGUUGGAGUGAGAAUGGGGCUGGGCGGACAAAAUUCAUGGUGAACUUGCUUGUAGAGGAACGAUCAGGGACGGUUCAGAAACUUAUGGAGGAUAAUACGUCUACAGUGUUGGCCAAGAAUUGGAAGGAAACGCUCUCCUGUGGUAACUCUGGACGCCGUAAUAAUGACAGAUCAAUCACAACAAUGAUAUCGUCUUUAUUAGUAGCCCUCUGGCAGCUGAGGAAAUGGAAGAAAAAUAUUUUAAUUUGAAAACAAAUGGGAUGAGUGUAAUUUCUUGGAAGCGUAGAAAAAAGCCCUUUUUAUUCAAGAGAGCAUUUUUGAAAGUGAAAUGUUGAUUUUUUUUCCCCCUAUACAAUUGUGCUAUAAUGAACACUAAGCAAAAUCAAAAAUACAAAUGUCUUUUUCUGAGAAUUAAUUUUAAUCUUUGUUUUUAUUGAUUGUUUUUGUCUCGCCUG